AUGGUAUCAGAGCAUUCACCUUCACCUGGGAUUAUGGCUGGUGAUAAAGGAGGAUGGAAGGAGGCUAGAGGAGAUCAACUCAAGAAGGUUGAAUCGCUUGAGACAGAGCUAAAGCAUUUGUAUGCUCGAAUGGAGAAUCAAGGGCAUCAGAUCCAACACAACGCUAAAUCCAUGGCCUCUCUUCAGUUGAAGAUGGACCAAAAAUUUAAAGAGGUUUUGAGUGCCAUCGCCAAGAGCCGACCAGAAGAACCCAAUGGGAAGACAUUAGUGGUAUCAACACCUGAAGUUGAAACAAGGAAGAGAGAAACGAUUCUUAAAGGAGGAACGACCAACCGGAGAUUUCACAAAUUGAUAUAUUUGUGUUGUACAAUAGCAAAGAUACACCACAAUUAA